UCAUCUCACCCAUAUUUUUCUUUAAGUGUUUUCUUCUCAAUAACGACACAUAAAAACUAGUCCAAAAAACCCUUUUAGAAUAAGUGGUAGAUUAAUGUUUAAAAUAUCAGAAUUAAGAAUAUGAUGAAGAGUAGUAGUAGUAGUAGUAGUAGUUUGAUAGGGUAUCCCAUGGCAUUGGAGAGCCAAAAGCCUUAUAUUGCUAUGAUUUUUGUACAGCUUAUUUAUGCAGGCAUGGCCUUGUUCUCCAAGGCUGCAAUCGCCCAAGGAAUGAAUCCCUUUGUCUUUGUUGUCUAUCGUCAAGCUUUUGCAGCUUUUGUCUUGGCUCCUUUUGCUUUCUUCUUAGAAAGUGGGAAAGUGACUCCUUUGUCAUGGUCUUUGCUCUGCAAAAUUUUCUUCAUCUCCUUGAUUGGGAUCACUCUGAGCAUGAAUCUCUUCUAUGUUGCCCUCAACUUCACGUCAGCAACAUUUGCUGCAGCCACCACCAACGCCAUCCCAGCCAUUACUUUUGUCAUGGCAGUUUUACUAAGAAUGGAGGGUGUCUGUAUAAAAAAUGUGCAUGGUGUGGCCAAGGUGGUGGGAUCAGUGGUGAGUCUAUCUGGGGCAAUGGUGUAUGCUUUUGUGAAGGGCCCUCCAUUGAAAUUAAUGAAGAAUUGGUACUUAUCAGAUCAUGAUGAUCAUCAUCACCAUCAUCAAAUCACCAAACACAAUUACCACAGACAUGACUGGAUCAAAGGUUCACUUAUGAUGCUUUCAGCCAACACUGCUUGGUCUUUAUGGCUUAUUCUCCAGGGUCCUAUAGUGAAGCAAUAUCCAGCAAAGUUGAGACUCACCACGCUUCAAUGCCUCUUUAGCUGCAUACAAUCUGCGUUUUUAGCCAUUGCAAUGGAGAGAAACCCAUCAUCAUGGAAACUUGGAUGGGACAUUAAUCUUCUUUCUGUUGCUUACUGUGGUAUAAUUGUAACUGGCAUAACUUAUUGGCUUCAAGUUUGGGCUAUAGAGAAAAAGGGUCCUGUUUUCACAUCACUAUUCACUCCAUUAGCUCUUAUUAUAACCGCAAUCCUAUCAGCGAUCAUUUGGAAAGAAACUUUUUACUGGGGAAGUGUUGGUGGGGCAAUUUUGCUGGUGGGAGGGCUCUACAGCGUUUUGUGGGGAAAGAAGAAAGAUGGUGAUAGGGGAAGUGAAACGAAUGCACAAAGGCAAGAAAGCAAGGAGGAAAUUGUCUAAGAGUGCAUUACACAUCACUUACUGAGAUGGAUAUAUAUAUAUGUGUGUGUGUAGGUUCUGGCUAGCUAGAUUUUUUAUGGUUAAAAAGAAAAGAUAGGUCACUACCCACCAUGAAACUCUUCCUUUGAUAUGUUUAUCUUUACAGUGGCAAAGAGUAACUUUCUUGGUACACAUGUCCUAUGAAUAAUAUAUGUCUUGGAUCCCAUUAUAACCUUUUC